GUAGUUUCGGUUCUUUACAUUUGUGAACGUUGUUAACUGCAGUGCAUUUCAUAAUAUCGCAUAAUAAAAGUAAAACAAUCGGACAAAGGUAAGAUUAUAUCCUAUAUAUUGAUUCACGCCAGAAGAUGAGAUAAUCUACUGCGAAUUAGCUUCAAGUUAUGUUUUUCUCGAGCUGCCUUUCUAAGUCAGUGAAAUCAAUUCUCUUGCGCGUCUCACCGACAAUGGAAGCAAUCAUCACCACCGAAAGCGGCGGCAAGCGCACAAUCAUCACGCCGACAAAAUUAGGCGACGCCGAGAUAAGGGCACGUAAUUCGAAUUUCGUGGGAUUAUCACCCAUACCCAACCAGUUGAAGAACAUUGCAACACCCACAGAGAGACCAUUCAGGGUGUCGGUUGAGGGCAACAUUGGUGCCGGCAAGUCCACCUUCAUCAAAUACUUCUCACAGUUUCCAGAGAUUGAGACCUAUGCAGAACCAAUUGAAUGGUGGAGAAACUGCCAGGGACACAAUCUGCUUGAAUUGUUGUACAAAGACAUUGAAAAGUGGCACUCAACUUUUCAAACUUAUGUGCAGCUUACCAGAGUGAAAAUCCAGAGUAGUAAACCUACAAAAUCCUCUACUACUGUUCAAAUGUUUGAGAGAUCUGUACAAAAUAAUCGAUUUUGUUUUGUUGAACAAGCCUACAACAAUGGGUAUCUGAAUGUUAUUGAUUAUGAUAUUCAGGAUAAGUGGUAUCGAUGGAUCAGGCAAUAUCUUGACAUUGAUUUGGAUUUAAUUGUUUAUCUUCGAAGUUCACCUGAAACAGCUUACGAACGCACAGUAGCCCGCAACCGCUCUGAAGAGUCUGGAAUCUCAUUGGAAUACUUGAAGCAAUUGCACGAUGCACACGAACGCUGGCUAAUGUCCAACGAUGAUCGCUUCAAUACCAUCCCCGUCGUUGUUCUGGAUGCCGACAAGACUAUCAACGACAUCAUCGCCGAAUACAAAUUGCACGAGCACAAAAUCAUGGGUCACGAAAAGAAGGGCCAACAGGCGGUGAGUAAGGACGAUAAAGAGAGAGUCAAAAAUCUUUGACUGAUAAAUUCUAAGCCAGAUUAGCUGGUGAACAUACUCCAAUAUAAUAACCAAAUAAUUGUUUUACAAAGCGAUAUUUUAUACAAUACAUUUAAUGACACAUA